AUGGAGAUAGAAAAACUCACAGUCUUGGGAAGAGAGUUCGGUCUGGAAGGAGAAGAGCUCCGGGCGUGGGUAGAUGAAGAAAGAAAGCGUGAACGGGAAGCAAGGGCUACCGAAAGAGAGCGAGCUAGGGAAGCAGCCGCCAUGGAAGUCAAGAUUUUGGAGAUGAAGCUCCGACUUCAAGAGCAAGGUCAAAAUGGGAGCGCUGUCGUAUCUGAGAGUAAUGCAACCAGUCAAAGUGGAAUAAUGUGGAACCUGAGUCCUAACAAGCUGCUUGCGCCCUUCGAUGAAAAGAAGGACGAGCUUGACGCGUACAUUCUCCGCUUUGAAAGAAUCGCAGCGGGACAAAAAUGGCCCGAGGAUCAGUGGGCCGUUGCGCUAAGCAUGUGUCUCACCGGCUCCGGAACAGCAAGCCGGCCGACGGAGAAACGGCAUCGCAGUAUUACUCGCGCCUUGGAAACUAUUUUUGACCGAUGGAUAGAACUGGCAAGCAUUAAGAAGGAGUACGGCGACCUGCGAGACUUGAUGCUCUCUGAACAGUUUUUGAAGGACUGUAGGCAGGAUUUGGCGCUUUAUCUGAAGGAGAGAAAGUCAAAGACGACAGCUGAGAUGUUGGAGCUGGCCGACCAUUUCCAGCAAGCACAACGUCAAACGAGACUGGGGAGACAGGUAACGUCAGAUCCAAAGCGACCUGAGACCCAAGGCAGGGCCAAUGCAGAUAACCCUACGGGUAGCAAGGGGAACUCCAGACCCCCCGUAAAGUGUUUCUUAUGCAAUAAGAUUGGACAUCGUGCGGCUGACUGCCGAAGUAAUUUCUCCAGAAACCAACGGAGCACGUCCUGCUGGAAGUGCGGGAAGAAUGGACAUCGCGCUAACGACUGUUCCAACCAGCCGACCGCAAGCAGCCAGAGCUCCUGCUUCGUGACGGAAGAACAAGCGGUGCCAGGAAACGCUCCCUAUGUGGAAUUAAAGGAUGGCACUCAAGUGCCGGUGGUGAACGCGUUGUCAUCCAGGGCUACAAUGUUUCAGGGGAACGGACUGCCAGUUGUACCGGGAGAAGUCGAGGGCCAGCACGUAAAGGUUCUUCGGGACACGGGAAGUAAUACCGUAGUGGUUAGAAAAUCCUUGGUGCCGGAGGGUAGUUUUACAGGAAAGCGAAGCGCUGUCUACCUGGUAGACCGCACCAUCAGAUACCUGCCCGAGGCCAGGGUGACAGUAAGCACGCCAUAUUACGAGGGAGAAGUGAUGGUCAAGUGUAUGGAUGACCCCCUUUAUGAUUUGGUCCUUGGAAACAUUGCCGGGGUACGAGACGUUGCUGAUCCGAACCCGGACUGGCGAACGGAGAGCGAGAUUUCGGUGCAAACACCAGUUAGCCCCCAGGACGAAGAAAUCCAAGAGCAGCACAGCAAGCCAAGUUGCGACCCGGAUAAAAGUGCCGCUAUGCAAACGAGGGCCCAGGCAAGGAAAGAAUCCAAGCUUAAGGCUUUGAAGGUCCCCGCAUCCGUCCACAGUACCGGAACAGACCUCACCAAGGAACAGACAGAGGAUUCCAGUCUAAAGGCGUGUUUCAACAAACGCGGCAGGGUUAUCCAGUCCAAGCGGUCGAAAGGGAGUCAGGAGUUCUUCAUGAAGAAUGAUUUACUUUUCCGGAGAUUUACACUGCCAUCGGGGCGCUGUCUUGAGCAGCUCGUGCUACCUACGGGGCGGAGGCGAGACGCUAUGCGCGCAGCGCAUGACGGUAUGAUGUCAGGGCACCAAGGAAUAAAGAAAACCACUGAUCGUGUCACGCAAGAAUUUUACUGGCCGGGAAUGCAGGAGGACAUACAGCGAUAUGUGAAAUCCUGUGACGUUUGCCAGAAGACGACUCCGAAGGGAAAGGUUACGAAAGCCCCCUUGGGUCGUGUCCCAAUCAUUGACACACCAUUCCAGAGAGUCGCCGUGGAUAUCGUCGGUCCAAUCUCACCCCCUUCUGAUCGCGGGAAUCGGUAUCUGCUCACUUUGGUAGACUAUGCCACUAGAUACCCGGACGCUGUGGCAUUGCCAAGCAUAGAGUCGGAGAGGGUAGUUGGCAAGGUGUGGCCGCGAAGUGAGGACGGCUGA